UAAAUUCUGGCUCCUUUUCAGGCUCAAGUUGGCUACCCCUGUAUUAGGUCAUUCAGUCUGUCCCUCCCAGCCUUGCAGGAGUGUGACUAGAGUAUUGCAUUUUCAGUAAUACCCUACAUUUCCCUCAGUCCUUGACAGCUACACCUUUCAGUAUUCUUAAGCAUUGUAAAGACGUGGAGCUUUCCUUCAGCGAUGUGUCUGACAAGGCUGAAAUCUUCAAAGGCACCAAGAAGGGAAUGGUAUACCUCACCCCCUACAGGAUGAUCUUUGUGUCUAAAGGCAAGGACCCCAUGAUGUCCUUCAUGAUGCCAUUCUACUUGGUGAAAGGGUGCUCCAUCGAGCAGCCUGUCUUCGCUGCCAAUUACAUCAAAGGCGUGAUCCAGGCUGAGGCAGGAGGGGGCUGGGAAGGGCAGGCUUCCUUUAAAAUGACCUUCAACAGCGGAGGAGCCAUUGAGUUUGGACAAUUGAUGUUCAGGGUUGCCACUAAUGCUUCCAGAGGGGCUCCUGCCCAGAAUACUGGCUAUGGCUAUAUGCCUGCCUUUGGGGGGUACACCCCUGCUCCAGGAGGUUAUUCACCUGCACCAGGGGGCUAUGCCCCCCACCCAGCUAAUGGACCUUCCCCUUAUGUGCCCCCAUCAAUGAAUGGAUAUGGACCAGCUCCACAACCCAUGGGAUACCCUUAUGCACCACCUCCAGGCAUGUACCCACCUCCUCCUGACAUGAACCCCCUGUAUAUGGCUCCUCCUCCCCCCUACCCUGGCCCUCCUACUGCAGGACCUUCAGCCCCCACAGCUCCCACAGCCCCUACAGCCUGCAUGGAGCCUGGAAUGCCAGGUGGCAGUAAAGCAGCAGAAGCAGCUUCGAGUGCCUAUUACAACCCAGCCAAUCCCCACAAUGUCUAUAUGCCUAUGGACCAGCCGCCUCCUUAUGCACCUCCUGCUGAGAAAAAGAACAACUAAUAGAAGGAACCCACCCACCAACUGCUCACGUUCCUUCUCCCCAAAGACACUUCUGUCCUGACCACCACCCCCUCAGUUCAGUGUAUCUCUAGGCUUCAUGUGUGUCUAAUAUACAUAGCGUUGGGUGGCCUAACACCUGCCCUCUUUAAACAUUGAGUGUGACAAUACAAGUGGAACAGCAGAAGCGGCAGCAGUGUUUUCCUGCCUGAUUGCUUUCCAUCCCAGGGCCAGAGCACUGUCCCUCGGAGGCUUUUGCCAUGAGUUUGAGGGGAGGGCUGAAAUCUUAGACCAGCAGAGCGAGCGCAUCACUAACGUAGGACUAAAACAUUACGGCUUCUUGAUUUUUUGAGUGAAGGAAAAUGGUUUGAGACAGUGGUUUUAAACUUCCUCUGAGGCAACCGUAAGUAAGAAGGACCGAGGCAGUGGGCUGCUGGGUUUCCCCAUGUUGGUAUAAAGGAGGAGCAUGUUACACUUUUCAUGGGUGCUGUUCCGUUUGUAAGGGAAUCGAGUGAAGUGCUGGAGGCUUGUCACCUCAGCUUCAUUGGAACUGGGCCACGUUGUAACCUGGGAGACGGCUCCUGAGACACACUCAACCUAGUUAAACAUUUUGCAGUGUGGGCUUCAGUGUAGAGAGGCCAAGUACAAUGCUAACUAAGCAGUAGCAGCAAGGGAGUAUGAACUGGCUUUGGCUAAAUCACUGGCCCUGCGGGAAAGAGGAGCAAACACAGGUGCAGUUUUACACCUGUCUUGGACACAGCGAAGCCCCCCGUAUGCACCUGUCUCCUUUCCCAGGAAACCUGCCUCUCUCAAAACGGGAGAUGGCUGGAAGAGGCGAGAUGCCUCACUUGCUGGGGUGUGCAGACAUCCAAGGAUGCCUGGUUCUUCCUCCUCCUCUCCCCUCUAUUGUGAGAAGCUUCUCUUCUGUAUUGUAAACGUACUUCUGAGGAGAGGGGGAUGUGUUCAGCGCAGUGGAAGCGAGACUCUGUGUCCACCUGCUGCAGGUGGCCAAUGAAAGACUUGGGAGGAACCCGUGCUUCUAACCUGGAAAUGGGCAGUGGCUGUCUAAAAGCAGUACGCCUGUGUAGAUGGGCAGUAGAAAAGCAAAUUGGGACUGGGUGGAGGGGAGUGGAAUCUGGGCUACAGAGCUCUGAGCCAAUGGGAGUGGGAAUUAAUCCAAAUCUUCCUUUCAUUCUCCUAGAAACUGGCCCCUCUGUGCAGCAGUGCUGUGUGCAGCAGCAGCCAUGCUGCGGGUGCGGGUGAGUGAGAAGUAUUAGGGUAUUCUACUCCGACAGCACAUGUUUCACCAAGGAGAGAAUAACCCUUGGCAACAGCCUCACCAUAGGGAUGGGGUCAGAAGCUAUUGCUUUGACUACUGAGCAACCUCAUCCCCUGUGCUGGCUUCCUUAGAAAGCACUGGGUGGGGGCGGAGAGGGGUCUGUCUUCCCUCCACGUGCAACUAAAGCCGUGCUGGUGUGAAUGUGCUGCCAUCCGAACAGUAGUGGGGGUGAGGAAGAGAAUCUCAGUGAGUGGGGUGGGUUGGUUUGUUCAAUGGCGGUGGGGUAACUGGAUGGCUCUUUACUGCUUGCAUGGCAUCCCCCCCUUGGUGAGACAGUGCCCGUUCACCAGUAAUAACCAAUAUUGUUUGUAAUGUAGCUGUUACUGCUAACCCUCAGCUGUUACUGAGAAUAGAGCAACUCAGUUGGGACCUUCUCUUCUCCCUUAGGAGCUGAUGCCCUGCGAACUUGCUUUCCAAAGAGAAUCACACUUGUCUAGUGGAGCACCUCCGAUUCCCAGUGUAGGGCCUGCUCAGCCCCUCCCCACCCCCUGUUCUGACUCAGGGUAGGGACUGUUUGUUUGGUUUUUUUUUUCUUCCCCCUUUGCUCCCUAUGUGCUAGGUUAUCAUACAAGCAAGGCUCACACAACGUGUGUGUAUUCCUGUAGCUGCCUGACAUUCUUCCGCAUAGCAGCCAUCUGCAAGAGAGGAACUUUCUUUUCUAAGAAACCUUUUUAAUCUGAGUCAAAGAUUCUCUGACUUUCUGGAAUUAAAAAUGUUCUGCCAUCAAUGUUUGUAAUAUCUUUUGCAUUGCACUUUAAUACAGAAGCAUUGGAAUCUUCA